AUGCCUGUCGACCGCAUGCCGACACCGACGCAAUCUGGCUUGAAAUCUACCUUGCUAGCAGCGCAAGCUGAUAAUAAGAAAGUGCUAACGUUGUCUAACUCAGAACUUACUUCUAAUGUGUCAAAACGCAGCAAAAGAAGAAAAGAAGAAAUUGGAGAAUCAGAAAUGUUAGCAUUCAAAUCAGAAAUUUUAUGUAUGUUUGGGGAGUUUGAAAAGAAACAGCAACAAUACUUUCUGUCUUUGCAGUCGCUAAUAGAACAAAUCAAAGAACAAAAUGCUAAAUUACAGGAGUCUGUCGAGUUUACUGUGGCAAAAUAUGAUGAUGUAUUGCAAGAAAACAUGCUGUCAUGUAUUUGUUGGACUUCCUUUGGUAAGGUGUUUUUAAGAAAAGAAUCUGGUGCUCCACAGAUUGGCAUAAAUUCGGAAAGUGACAUUAAUAAUCUAAAGAACAAGGAAAUAUGA